UCGGAGCCUGAGUCAGAGAGAGAGAAAGAGGAAGAGAGAAAGAGAGAGAGAAAGAGAGGGGGAAGGAGGAGAAGCCUACCACAGCAGGAGGUGAGGACAAGCAGGAGGUCUUUGGUGUGCCCUCAGAAGUCUGCCUUUGGUUCUCACUGAGCCACUCUGAGGAUGGAGCGAUCCGGCCGGGAGCUGUGUCUCAACUUCACCAUUGUCCUGAUUACGGUCAUCCUUAUGUGGCUCAUUGUGCGGUCCUAUCAGUGAGGCGGCAUGCCACUCCCCUGGGACUGACUGCCACGCUCCAGAGCUGCCUGCCGUGUGCCCUGAGAUCCCACUGCUAUGAUGGGAUGCCUCUCAGCGCGCACAGAAGUGCGAGGCGCUUCUGACCCGCACACACAGUAUCUGAGGUGCCUCCAGUGUUAGGAUCAAUUGUGUGUUCUCUAAAGAUGCUGCUCUCGAGGGCUGCCCAGCGUUUGCCAGUGAACAUUAGAUUUAUUCCCCAACUUAGAUAAGUCAUGAGGUUAAGCUGAAACUGGAUUCAUGAUGAUGUAGAGUUGUAAAAAGCCUGUAAGCUGUCUCACCACACAUCCCUUCAACCCACAAUGUCUGCAGCCACACUUUAGA